AUGGUUGGACCAAACUUCAUGGACGAGAUAGACUGUGGUAGCUUCUUUGACCACAUCGACGACCUGCUUGAUUUCUCCGUCAACGACGUUGAUGCCAACGCCGCUUCCUUGUCCACCGUCACCUCCGCCGCAAACUGUAACUCACUAGCGAGUAUUUGGCCGAAUGAGUCUGACUCGUUUCCUGCCUCUGACUCAGUGUUUUCCGGCAACAGUCCUGACCUCUCGGUGGAGCUCUCCGUUCCGUAUGAAGACAUUCUUCCAUUGGAAUGGCUGUCCACUUUUGUGGAGGACUCAUUUUCUGAGGGGAGUCUCACAAUGAAGAAAGUGGAGCAACCACCAUCAUCAUGUGUGACCACUAAGGAGGAUUCUGUGCAUAACCAAUUCCAGACAUCAAGUCCUGUUUCUGUCCUUGAAAGCAGCAGUUCCUCCUCUGGUGGAAAGACGAUGACAGCAGCAGAGAUUUACAUCCCUGUGCCUUGUGGACGUGCACGCACCAAGCGUCCACGUCCUGCAGCGUUCAACCCUCGUUCCGCCAUGCAGCUCAUUUCCCCUACUUCCUCUUUCGUUGGGGAGAAUGUGCAGGCUAAUGUUAUGUCUACCAAGGCGGGGUCUUCAGAUUUUGACAAUUUUGCCGAGUCUCAAAUUGUGGCUAAGAAACCAAAGCUCCCUUCUGGAGAAUCUAAGAAGAAAAAGAAGAUCAAGGUGCCACUUCCUGCUGCUCUGGCUGACAGCGGUGACCAGAAUGGUUCGCUACCUGUACGGAAAUGCAUGCAUUGUGAAAUAACCAAGACACCACAAUGGAGAGCAGGUCCACUGGGGCCGAAAACACUCUGCAAUGCUUGUGGCGUCCGCUACAAGUCAGGCCGGCUUUUCCCUGAAUACCGUCCUGCUGCUAGUCCAACUUUUUGUCCUUCAUUGCACUCCAAUUCUCACAAGAAGGUCCUUGAAAUGAGAACCAAGGAUUUUGAUGGCUCUGGUUUUGAAUCACAUUCAGCUGCCUCUCCUGAACUCAUUCCAAACACUAACAACAGCAUUAUCGCCCUGGAAUACAUUUGA